CAACACAUCGAAGCAGAAGAAAGAAGAAAAAUGUUUGUGACAACGCUGGGAAUCGCUUUGCUUUCAUUACUGACUGCACGAUCAGAAAGCGGAUUUUACUCAGAUGCCAAAUCCUCAGCUGACAACUUAGCUGUCAGCAACUCAAAUUCCAACAAAGAUGCAGGUUGUGUAUGGGGUGAUUGGGGGACUUGGUCAUAUAGUGGAUGUACUUCAACAUGCGGACCUGGAAAGAGGCAAAAAAGGAGAAUGCGAAAAAACUUGUUUCCAAAGGAAUCAUCUAAACAAUGCCCAAGUAUAUCUGUCGAGACUGGAUUUGUAGACUGCGAAGAAACUCCUUGUCCCGUUUGUGUAUGGGGUGAUUGGGGGACUUGGGUACAUGGUGGAUGUUCUUCAACAUGCGGACCUGGAAAGAGGCCAAGAAAGAGAACGCGAAGAAUCUUGUUUCCAAAGGAAUCAUCUAAAAAAUGCCCAGGUGCAUCUGUCGAGACUGGAGUUGUUGAUUGUGAACGACCUCCUUGUCCUGGUGAGAAAAACAAUACGUGAUUACAUAAUUUGGUAAACUUUCUUCAGUAAAUUACAAGGGGUGAUGAACAAUAAACGCAAAUAGAGCCAUAUUUUUAGAUCCAUGCAAAUACGCAACUU